AUGUUGCAUUUGGUGCUGAACAGGUGUGCAGACAAGGCCCUGCGCAGCAUGCUAUCACUGCAAUCGUUCAUGUACACGAUGCUGAAGGACGACAAUAUCACAGCGGCACGCCGCUCCCUCGACAUCAUGAUCGAGCUGUACAUCAAGGGGGUGUGGUCGGAUGCGCGGACGGUGAAUGUGAUUGCCUCUGCAUGCCUGUCCAAGCAGACGAAGCUCAUGGCGCCUGCCCUCCGCUUCUUCCUCAUGAGCAAUGAGGAGCUGCAGGCGGCAGCGAGGGGCGACAAGGACGAGGAAGGCGAUGAGCGCCAGGCUGAAGAGGACUACAACCGCGUCCUGCACGCAAACUCGCACGCAAAGAAGACGCAGAAGCGCUCCGCCCGCCGCAACAAGGCGCUGCGUGCACUGCGGAAGAAGAGGAAUCAUGAGAACAGCCCCGAGUCGUUCAACUUUGCCGCCAUCCACCUCCUCCACGACCCACAGCAGAAGCUUGCCGACCAGGUGUACCGCCGCCUUGUCGCCGCCAAGUCUGAGCGCUUCGAGAUUCGCCUCAUGAUGAUGAACUUUGUCAGCCGUCUCAUCGGCAUCCACGAGCUUUUCGUGCUGGACUUUUACAGCUUUCUCCAGCGGUACCUGCACCCACACCAGCAAGGUUCAUCCCACAACCCGGCUGCUGACUUCCACCAAUCUCUGCUGCACUCCGCUGACUACAACCGCGUCCUGCACGCAAACUCGCACGCAAAGAAGACGCAGAAGCGCUCCGCCCGCCGCAACAAGGUGUGUGUGUGUGUGUGUGUGUGUGUGUGUGUGUGUGUGUGUGUGUGUGUGUGUGUGUGUGUGCGUGUGUGUGAUGUCAUCGCAUGCGCUUCUCUACCUUUGACUCUUUUCCGUGUACCCUCGUGUCUUGCCACCCCACCCCACCCCCCGCCCUCGCAUAUACCACAACAACAGGCACUGGAGUAUGGCCAGGUCGCUGUUGCAGACACCGUGCCGGGCACAGAGCUGCUGGCGCUGCUGGAGCAAGAGAAGCGCAAGGAGAAGGCCGCGGAAGCAAAGGCCAACGAAGGCUGGGUCACGGACAGCGAUGGUGAUGGCAAUGAUGACGACGACGACGAUGAUGAUGAAGAUGAGGACGAUGAUGACAGCGAAGAAGACGAUUGGGAGGCCUUGGAGGAUCAUCCCAAGGAGUCCAAGGUCGUUCGAGGCCUUCGCAUGAAGGGCCCGCGCGCGAAGAAGCUGCGCGACGAGCUGAAGGACAAGCCCGAGCUGUUGGAGGAGCACGAGAUGGCUGUGCAGCGGCGCCUGGCGGACCAGGACGACGAACAGGAGGACCCCAUGGAGGCGCUCAAGAAGCGGGCCGAGCGCGCAAAGCAGCUCUCCUCCACGCGCAUCCUCACCCAGGAGGAUUUCCGCCGCAUCCGCAAACUCAAGGAGGAGCAGCUCAUGUCUGGGAAGCGCUCGAGCUUGGAGGCGCAUGAGACGCUGGAUGUGGACGACAUCCUGCCGGACAUGAAGAAGCCGCGGCAGGACAAGGCCGCGCGCCUGGAGCUGGUGUACCAGGGCCGCGAGGGCCGUGGCAAGUUUGGCACCCCAAAGGGCCGCCUCAACGAGCACGCCAGCACGACUAACCGGGAGAAGCGCAAGGCAAAGAACACCAUGAUGCUCAAGGCCUCGCGCUCCUUCCGCUCCAAGAAGAAGCUGGCCAUGCACGUCAAGCAAAUGCUCUCCCACAACAACAAGAAGUCCUUUGGCAAGAAGAAGAACAUCAGCACCUAAUCUAUGCAUGCAGCAUGUGUUCUGUGUAUGUUCUGUGUUUGUUCUGCGACGUGUGCGUGUGUUCUGCGACGUGUGCGUGUGUUCUGCGAUGUGUGUAGGUGUGCGUGCGUGUGUGUGGGGGGGAGGUGUCUGCGAUUUUGUGUGCGCGCAAGUGCAAGUAGCGCAAGUCAAAUCAAACCGUGCUGCGCUGCACGCCUGCUUUGCGUUUCUGUUCGUUCUGUUUUCGUCUGUCGCGUCGCAGUGGUAAACGACACCAUGAAGUCCGUGGUAUCGAAUUAUCAUGGAAGAUUUGGCAGUAUUAUCUUUGCUGGGUCAGGCUUGCAC